AUGGUACUUCCAUCGUUUGACCUACUAUCGAAUGCAUCUGAAAAACUUAGUGAAUUAGAAACAGCUCUUGAAGAAUUAGAUCAAAUCAAGCUGUUCACAGAUGUUGGUAGACGAAGGAGAAGGCGAAGAAAUGAAGCCUUGUAUGGUAUGGGUUUCGAAUCAGAAGAUCAUGAUUAUUACAUACCUGUGGAAUCAUGCUGUGAUAUUGCCUUCUAUACUGAAGAAGAAUACAAAAAGCAUUUAGAUAGUCAUAUUGAAGUUCAUGAUAGUGGUCUGUUUGAUACAAUCUAUCGUCAAACAUGUGAUAAAUCUGUAAAAAUUUGGAGAGAAAGUCGCAAAAGAAAUUACUCACCUUUGGGAAGAGUUGAAGCUAGAAAGAAACUUGUUGCAGGACGUAUGGAAAGAGGACAGAUAUUUGAGACACCUUAA